AUUAUCAUGUCGGAAAGAAUUAUAUGAAAUUUAAGAAGAUAUUAUAAUUAAAAUAAAUAUUUUAUUUAGUAAAACAAUUUAAAAAUAAAUUAUAUAUUUUAUAUGUAUACAACAAUAUUCUUUUAUUUAUUUUUUUUCUAUAGUGCAAUAAAUCGGCGCGAAAAUGUCAUGUAAAAAGUUAAAACUUCUUAAAGAUUUAUGACAGUGGUAUUAAUUAAAAAAAUUUGAUGAAUAUUUUACUUUUUUAAGCGAUUCAAAAUGAGAAAAUAAUGAAUCGGAAUAAUGUAUUGAAUGAUUUGAUAUAUCCUAUAUAUGGAUGAAGAAAAAUGAAAUUUUAAGAGAAACGAAACUUAAUUUAAAAUUUCGGUUACCUUAAUCGUGCAUGCAAAGUGUGAAGAACACUCUUUAUAUUUUUAUAAUAAUUAAUUUUUUUAUAUAAUGGAAUCUGAAAAUCCUGUAAUAUUAGAACCAUGUGAAGAACAUUCAAUUUUAAUUCAAACUGUAAAAAACAUGGUUAAUGAAAAUACACGUACAGAAUUAGAAAGUGAGGAAGAAGGAUUCUUUGUAGUAACUGAUGUUCAAACUGAACAACAAAAUGUAAUAGAAGUUUCAAAUGAAGAAUCAACAGUAACUCAAUGUAAUGAACAAUUUUCCUGGUCUAAUUUAUGCAGAAUAUGUGCUAAUACCAAUGACCAUUUAAUCCCAAUAUUUGAAGGAGAAGGUUUACAACAUGAUCUAUGUAAUAAAAUACAUAAAUAUUUACCAAUAUGUAUAACUGAAAAUGAUACACUUCCAUUACAAUUGUGUUAUCACUGUGCUGCUACAUUAUUAGCAUGGCAUGAAUUAUUAGAAGGAUGUUUGAGUGCAGAAAGAAAAUUAUUAGAGAUGCAAGAUGUUUUACAAGAAAAACAGGGAGCAGAAGGAUUGGAAACUUCUUCACAAGAUACAUCUAUAUCUAAUAUAACAGAAUCGGUUCAUCAGCAACAAGAAAUUGUGAAAGAUGAAGUUUCAAGAGAUUUAGCUGUUACUGAUUCAGACAGGUCCAGUAAUAUGCGAACACCAUUUAGAGUGUUCCUAGAUAUGCAGAAUGUAUUUUGGAAGCCAUACAGAAAAAAGUUCCAGUUGCAAGAAAGAAAGCCUACAGACAAUGGAGAUUGCGAUUCGGUAUGGAUUACUGUCAUGAAUUCAACACUUGAUCAUCCUAGUAUAAUGUCUGAUCAACUACAAGACAACAAUGAUAUUAUUGUAAAAGAAGAACUUUCUCAAAUAUAUAGUUCAAAUAAUUUAGAAAAAUUAAAAUUACAUAAUGAAACAUAUAAACCAACAGAUUCUUUAAAUAUAAAAAAUAAAAAUAAAAAAUUAAAAGGAAAAUGUAAAAUUUGUUCUAAUAAUACAAAAGAGUUAAAGGAUUCUUGUGAACAUUUGAAGAACAAAACUACUAUUAAUGUUCAAGAAUCUUAUCAAUGUAUUGAAUGUGGAAAAUGUUUUAAAUUAAAAGACUCCUUUCUCAGACACAUGAGAAUACAUACAGAUGAAAGACCGUUUACUUGUCAUGUGUGUGGAAAACAAUUUAGAGAUUCUGGUGGUCUUUCUAGGCAUUUAAAGGAUGUACAUGCAAAAUUAAAAAAUUUUACUUGCGAUAUAUGUGGCAAAUCUUUUGCAUCGAAAGCUACGAGAGAAGAUCACCGACGAACACAUACUGGAGAAAGACCUUACAUAUGUGAUUCAUGCGGAAAAACAUUUAAAUCAAAAGCUUCUUUAUACAUUCAUAGUAAAUUGCACACAGAUGAAUUUCCACAUCCAUGUACUUAUUGUAAUAAGAAAUUUCGUAGAAGGCAGGAAAUGUUGGCUCAUGUAACUACUCAUACAGGAGAAAAAAAUUAUGGUUGUGACGUGUGUUCGAAAAGAUUUCGAGUAAAAUCAGAACUUGUUAGACAUAAACUAAUUCACUCUGAAACAAAACCCUUCAUUUGUAUAGAGUGUGGACUUGCUUUUCGACAAAAACGUUAUUUGAAUAAUCAUAUUAAAAGUAGACAUAUUGAAACUUUACAAGCAUGCUAAUAUGCUAUUUUAUCAUUUUGCUCUGCAUAGAUAUUUCUUCGAAUUUAUAGUAGGCAGUAAACAUUCAAAUCUGUACAUUUAUUAGUUUUCCAGGCUAUCUCAGAAAUAUUUUUUUGUAUUGUAAAUUGCUCAUAAUAGUAAAUAUUUAAUAAAUUGUAAAAAGUUUAAUUACAAUGAAGAUAGCGAUAUUAAUAAUUGUUAUAAACAGAUUUAAAAAAUAGCAUAUUAAAUGUAAAAGAUUUGAAUAAAAUAAAGAUAUGCAGGAUG